GGCGCAGCGGAGCCACAAGGCGCUCCCAUGAGGAGCGCGCCAGUGCUGGCAGCCACGUUUGAGUAUAACAGUAGAAACUCUGGAGAAGGAGCCUGGCAGCGGCGACGCAAAGAGGCUAGUUCAAGAUGAACGUCAUAGAAGCCAGCUCAAUUACCACAGCCCCAUUGAACUUCGGCCUGGACUUCAGAAAUGCCACCUCUGUGCCUUUGAAUGAAACUGUAUGUGAAAAUUGGAGAGAGAUCCAUCACCUGGUUUUUCAUAUGGCCAAUAUUUGUUUUGCAGUUGGGUUGGUUAUUCCAACUACGUUUAAUCUUCAUAUGAUUGUCCUACGAGCUAUGCUGACAAUGGGGUGUGUACUUUUUAUCAUCUGGGCAGCCCUUUUUCGCUGUGCGGUGGAUAUGGUAAUCUGGAAUAUGGUAUUCCUUGUUGUCAAUCUUCUGCAUUUUAUAUUCUUGCUGUACAAGAGGAGGCCGAUAAAAAUAAAUAAAGAGCUCAGUAGCCUGUACAAGAGAAUGUUUGAACCACUCCAUGUUCCUCCAGAGCUAUUCCAAAGAUUGACAGGACAGUUCUGCGAUAUUCAGACUUUAAAAACAGGUCAAGCAUAUGCUGCAGAAGAUAAAACGUCAGUGGAUGAUCGAUUAAGUAUUCUACUAAAAGGAAAAAUGAAGGUCUCCUAUAGAGGACAUUUUCUGCAUAAUAUUUACCCAUGUGCCUUUAUAGAUUCUCCUGAAUAUCGAUCAACUCAGAUGAAUCGGGGUGAGAAAUUCCAGGUAUCAAUUACUGCUGAUGAUAACUGCAAAUUCUUAUGUUGGUCCAGAGAGAGACUUGCAUUUUUUCUAGAAUCAGAGCCAUUUCUUUUUGAAAUAUUUAAGUAUCUUAUUGGAAAGGAUAUUACAAACAAGUUAUACUCAUUAAAUGAUCCAACCCUAAGUGAUAAGACAUCCCAAAAAAUAGAUCGCCAGCCCAGCCUCUGUUCCCAACUGUCUGUGAUGCAAAUGAGGAAUAGCAUGGCAAGCUCAAGUGAUAGUGAAGAUGGAUUACAACAUUUUCUGCGUGGAACUUCUACUGCAUCUACCCUUCGCCAACCAUCUCCUUGUUUAAGAACAUCAUCCAAAAUGAAACCAAUUGAAGAAAGUGUGGAAGAUGAUGUCUUUGAAGCUCCAUCUGCCGCACCAUUUAAAGGUCAUGAGUGACUUCACAGGACGUUCAUGCAUUGGUUCAGAAGAACUGCAACUGUAGAUGAUGGCAUUGUUUGUGUUUUAAUUUUAUCCAUCUUUUGACUUUGUAGUAUCUAUGAGCAAACUUUUACCGCACUCAAAAUGUACUAACUUCCACUCCAAAGAUCUUGUUUGUUUCAGUACAGCUAAAAGAACUGUUUAUGCUUGAAAGAAUUGAAUAUGUGGAACUAUAUGAGGAAUGGAGGAACUAUAUAUACAUAAGGCAUUUGUGUACAUAUCUGGUCCAUGUGCUAAAGAAAACGACAGCUUUCACAUCAUCUGGAGAGCUACAUGUGCCUUAAGUGUAGGCCAGGGCUGUCAAACUUGCGGCCUGCAGGCUAAAUGUAUCAUGCACUGGCCAUGCCCACACCCGGUUUAGCGAAGGGGAAAAAAGUCCUGAUACAUCACGUGACGCCGUCGUGAUGACAUGAGUUUGACACGCCUGGCCUAGGCACAUAUGGGUGUUAGCAUUCAUUUACAUUGCAACGAACCCUGUGGAUUAUAUGAAAAGUAGUCGCAGUAAAGUAUAUGUUUAUUUUAGCUUUUUAGGCAAUAAGUACGAUGUGAUUCUAAGGAGACUUAGCAGUGAUACAUCUGCACAAUAUGGAAAAUGUAGGUUUACUACAUUAUUGACCUGUAUCUUGAAUAUCAAAAUCCUGGCAGCAGUAACCUACUUGUUAAACUAGCAAGGGAGAGGGUAGUUUCUAGCAUCCUUUCCUGUCUUGAACUGGAAAAUGAUUACUACUUCAAGAGCAAAAGUUCUGAUUAGGUAUUGUGUAGUAUUCCAGUCACAUUCUGACAUGUGUACAAGUGAGUCCUCAUUUUUCCUCACUUCCUUACGGUGUCAGUAGGGUUGAUUCCAGCAUACUUUUACACAUAAUUCUCUCUUGGUGGACUGGAAACUAAUAAUGUUACAAUUAACUAAUGAUUAUAGUUCUUUUUGAUCUGUGUGUGUGUGUGUAUACGCACGCACACAUGCACACCUUUAGGAGUGGCACAGUUGUGUUCAUAUAUUCAAAUAAGGUGUCUACUCUAAUUAAAUUUGAAGCCAAAGUUGUUAGUAACUUUAAAACAAUAGACACCUUUCAAUAUCAUUUAUUUAUUGAAUUUAUGGGGGUUGUUUUUAUUGUAUUUAGUGAAAAUUUGACACUAACACCACUGAGUUACAAACUAAACCUAUUUUAUAUAUAAAUAAGCAAGAAUGCUUCCUAAAAACAGAAUCCACCCAAGCAUACUAUUCUUUUCAAGUUUAUAUUAGUUUAGGAUUACUGGCACCAAAGUUAAACUGAAUGUACUUAGCAAAAAAAUAAUAGAAAGAUUGAGAUGGUCUCUUUCCAUCCUAAUUUAUCUAAAACAUAAUGGAAAGAGAAUAUCUCUCCUUGAAGGAGAUGGGCGGAAACAUGAAAUACAAAUAAAUUAAAUAAAUAAAGGAGCACUGUGAACAAUGAUAAACUCUUCUAUUCCCAUUUUUUUAAUUUUUACAAUACUAAGCUUUAUUUUUUUUCACUGAAAUGGAUAGAUAACAAUAUCUAUUGACUUUAUUGUAAUUAUAGCUGAUUCAGAAAAUAACUAGAAAUAGUCAUCUAUGGGGCUUGUACUGAGAAGCAUCUUAAGGAAAAAGCUCUGAGGUAAAAGAAAAUACAUUUGUUAUGACAGAUGGCUCUAAAAUCAGCAAUUAUUUAUGUGAUAGCUAUCUUUGAAGAUCUUUGUAUACUGCACAGUUUUGAAAACUGAAGUUUAGUAUUAAAAAUUCUAAAGGACAAAUGGUCAGUUUGUGACAUGGAACAAAUUUAUUUUUCUAGGCAUUUAAUUCUUUUGAUAAGAUGCUGCCAUAGUUGUAUCUCUGAUAAAAUAAUUAUUAUUAUGGAAAAAACUUUACAGUUAUACAAUUCAGACUUAGUAAGUACUAGACUGGAUAAACCAAAGCAAUUUUAAAAACUGUGAAUUUACUAUGGUGCCAUUAUAAUUCACUGUUAUGUUGCAUCAUUUCUAAUCAGUUUGAACUGGAUUGAAUGUUUCAAACCUGGACAUAGGAGAAAGAUAUAUUUAACUUUCUGGUACAAUAAAACUGUGAAAAGAAAAGCAUGUGAUUUCAAAACAAAGAGUUUCUCUAUAUAAACUUGUCUUCUAACAGCCAAGCAACAGUUAUCAUGGCCUGUAUAUGCGAUUCUCAUUGAACCAUGGCUAUAUUUUUAACCAUUCAGUGAAAUAAACCUUUGUGGCUGUAAUGGAUUUUUCUAAUGAAUCCAAUCCAAUAUUAAAAGUUACAUUCAGUUAUUGACAGAGUUGCCAUUAACAUUACCAAGUUACAUCUUAACAUUAACUCUGCACAUAAUUGAUUAGUCAUAUAAUAACAACAUUGCUAUUUUGCCUAUUUCCUUUUCAAAUUUUCCUGGCUAAAUUUAUGGAUUUCCUUGCAACAAUAUGUAAUAAAGUUUUUCAAU